GGAGAGAGGGAGAGAGGGAGAGAGACUGCGAAACCAAAACCUACCUAGCAUGGAGCGGCUCUCGGAGAGAGAGAGACCAAGCAAGCGUACAAGAGAGGAUCGGGACCACCGCGAUCGGGAACACAAGCACCGAUCCUCUAGGGACGAGAAGCGCCGCGAGUCUGAUCACCACCACCGUCACCGAUCUCGGCGUGACCAUUCUCACAACGAGCGCGAAGGUAGCAGAGACCGGGAUUCGAAGCUCGAGCUUUCUGACGACGACGAGAGGGAAAGGGAAGGGAGCAGAGAGAGAGACCGUCCUAAGCAUCACGGAGUGAAACGCGGGUCGUUGGAUGCCGAUGACGAGGAUCAUCGCGAGGGAUCUUACGAGAGGGAGGGUUCGUUAGCGAGGCGCCACUCGCAUUCGCACAAGCGGAAGGAGAGAGGAGUAAGCGUGGAGAGGAGUGAUGGUGGCGAGAAGAAGGCUAGGGUUUCAGGGAGAAGGCGGUUUGAGGACAGGGAGGAAUUAGAUGGAGAAGAGAGGAAGGAAAGGAAUGACAGGAGGCUUGAGGAUAGAGUGAAAAAAGAAGAGGGGGAAGAAAAUGAUAGCGAUUUUGAAUACGGGAAGCGUGCGGAUGGGAGUGAAUUGAAGGCUCAGGUGAAGGAAGAGGUGAGUGAUGAAGAGCAUCUCUGUAAGGCCCGGAGCGCCAACACCGCGAAUGCUAAUGGUUUAUCGGGAAAUGGGCUGUUAAUUUUUGGAUCGAUUGUUAAUAGAGUACAGUCCGAUAUUGUCCAGGCUGAUUUUGUAUGA